GUUUGUCUUUUCCGAGGCAUGCGUACGAGGAAGUUGCUGUUUUUUUAUCGGAAUUUAAUAAUGUAUGAUGUGUAAAGUAACUAUUGCAUGAUUAAUUCUGGCUACGUUAAAUCAAAGUCAAACUGAUUACAAGUGCAAUUGAACGACUAAAAGCAACCAUGGCACCUGGUAUGAAAAAGAUGAAGCGUAAGGCCUCGGCCGGCGCUUCCGCCGAGGAGGAUACAAAGAAGGCAAAAGUUGAGACCCCGACUGCCUCUUCAGUUGAAGCCGCCUCCGCUUCAGAGGUGGUCGCACCAAUGAAGAAGAAAAAGAAGGUUCUGAAGAAAAAGGCUAUGAAAAGAGAGCCCACUGAAGGUGCAGAGACUGCCUCGAAAGAAGAAGCAGAGGCAGAAGAAUUAUCUGAGCAAGAGGAAGAAGAGAAGGCCGACGAGAAGGAGUCGGAUGAAACUGUAGUUGCUCCUGCCCCAAAAGAGGAAGAGCAGGCCACGACUACAUCAAAAGAAGUCGCAGCCUCUACGUCCUCAACAGCCACAACUGUUGUCGCUGGCACCACUUCGAGUGCUUCUUCCUCUUCCAAGACCGCUGCUGAGGUGACCACAGACUUGUCUUUCGCAACUCUAGGGUUACAUGAAAACCUCGUCAAGGGUUUGGAUGAGGCUGGCUUCACGAAGAUGUUCGAGAUUCAGCGUCGUUCGAUUCCUCCUCUACUUCGUGGAGAAGACGUCUUAGGUGCAGCAAAAACAGGGUCCGGAAAGACCUUGGCCUUUUUGGUUCCGAUGAUCGACACGCUAGUGAAGAUCAAGUUUUUGCAGGUACUUACUUACUUAUUUAAAAAUUCACCACUCUUUGUCGGAUGAUGUUCUAGUAUGGAUAAAUAGUAGUGAAGUCACUCUUGUUCCUACGUAGUACUUUCUCUUGACUUUGAUCUUCCGACCGUUGUUCAAAUGUGAAAUCAUGCUACUAAACAAUCAUCAAUCAUGAAUCAUGAAUCAUCACAGCGUAACGGCACCGGCGUCCUCGUAAUCGCCCCAACCCGCGAACUCGCAGACCAGAUCUACGGGGUUUGCCGCGAGAUCUGCAAGUACAUCUCCCAGACCCACGGCGUCGUCCUAGGUGGCAUGAACCGGCGAGAGGAAGCUCGCAGACUCGAAAAGGGCGUUUCAGUGCUUGUCGCGACGCCUGGUCGAUUGCUCGAUCAUAUGCAAAAUACGAAAGGAUUUGUAUACCACAACUUGACAGCUUUGGUGUUGGAUGAGGCAGACAGAAUUUUGGAGAUCGGAUUCGAAGAAGAGAUGAAGGCGAUUUUGAGACUACUGCCGCCAAAGAGACAAACGGCACUCUUCUCAGCGACGCAGACGAAGAAGGUAAUUCUAAUUUGGAGUUUUUGUAUUUCGUCGCAAAAAAGUACGCUGAUAAUGUUAGAGCAUCAUCAGAACCCGCAUGUUCCUACUCUUGUUUUGCGACUGGAACUAGUUCUCGACACUUUUGGAAUCUCGUAAAUUCAAAAACUCAGGUCGCCGACCUCGUCCGACUCUCGAUGAAGCGUCCAGUUUUCGUCGAGGUGAAGGGCGAAUCUAACGCCGCAACCAGAGCUGGCCUCGAACAGGGCUACGUGUUGUGUCCUUCCGACCGCCGAUUCCUCCUCCUCUACACCUUCCUGAAGAAGGAGAAGAAGAAGAAGAUGAUGGUCUUCAUGUCUUCGAAGCAUGCGGUGAAGUUCUAUCACGAUCUCCUCAACUACAUCGACAUUCCCGUCGAGUGCAUUCAUGGCGACAAGAAGCAGAGUCAACGUCAAUCGGUCUUUCAUCAGUUCUCGACGGCAACCUCCGGGGUUUUGUUGUGCACGGACGUGGCGGCUCGUGGUUUGGAUAUUCCGAAGGUCGACUGGAUCGUUCAGUUCGACCCCCCGGAUGACCCGCGCGAGUACAUCCACCGUGUCGGCCGAACAGCCCGUGGCGCAACCGGAACCGGAAAAGCAUUGCUGUUUUUGUUGCCGGAAGAAUUGGGAUUCUUGAGGUGCCAAUUUAUACUUACAACGAUGCUCCUUCGAUUUUCCUACGAGCAACGUCGAUAUAUUACGCUAUUGUCUAGUAAAUGAAAUCUAGUACCAUUAUUGAAGAAGAACUAAACUUCUGACACGGAACAACUGUGACAUCAAUCCCUGAUGGAUAAAGACUAAUGUUCCAUGAACAACAUGCAUUCUUACUUCCACAGGUACCUGAAGCAGUCCAACGUGACGCCCAACGAGUACACCUUCCCCGAAAGUAAGGUCGCGAACAUCCAGACGCAACUCGAGAGACUCAUCGAGAAGAACUACCACCUUCAUCGUGGCUCUCGCGACGCUUACCGCAGUUACAUCCACGCCUACGCAGCACACAGUCUCAAAGAUUGUUUUCAAGUGCACAAGCUAGACUUGCAGAAGGUAGCCAAGUCCUUCGGCUUCGACUCGCCCCCAAAGGUCGAGCUGGGCAUUAAGCAUAGAGUCAAGACAAAGGCUGCGAGCAAGGGGAAGAAAGCCAGUGAACAAGCGUCGGGUCAUGCAUUCUCAGCAGAAAAUCCGUAUGGGAAAAGAGAAGCAUCAGACAAAAGGCAAUUCAUGCACUAAGAACUCAUCAAGCGCAUGUGCAUGAUUAUGAUGAAAUGUUGGAGGUCUCAAUGAAAUCAUUGUGUAAUUUACCACGCAAAGGGAUGUUGAUCAAAGUAUGUUUGCAUCACAAGAGCACUAUCAAUACCCAAGUAACUGUGGACGCACGACGCAUC